GUCACGGACAAAUUCACAGAGAGCAUGUAUGUGCUGGCCAACGAGCCCUCUGUGGCGCUGUACCGGCUCCAGGAGCACGUGCGGAGAUCCCUGCCAGAGCUGGCACAGCACAAGUCCGACAUGCAGAGCUGGGAGGAGCAGAGCCAAGGAGCCAUCUACACCGUGGAGUACGCCUGCAGUGCCAUAAAGAACAUGACGGACAGCAGCGUGUAUUUCAAGAGCAUCGACAGCCUCCUCAAACACGCCAUCGCCAUGAAGGAGCAGCUGAACGCUGCACAGGGCCGCAGUGCUGUUGCCCCACAAGCCAAGAAUCCUCCAUCCAGUUCCUGAUUUCGGACACAGUUGGCCAUCCUCUGCUGCCGUCUCCAGCCCAGCUCUGUGUUCUCCAACCAUGGGGAAGAGGGAGAAACCACCGCUCAAUCUGCGAAGCUGCACAGAGUGU